AUGGGCUGCUGCGUCUCGCGCCAGACUCACUGGGACCUGCGUCUCGACCACGGCUUCGUCCCGCCUCAUCUCGCUCAUCAACUCGCGCCCUUCGCCUUCGCCGAUCACCCCCUCUACGACCCUGCCCUUUCCCCCCUCUAUUCGCUCGAAUGCGAGCUUCUAUGGCGCGCGAUACCGUUCAAGACCUGGUUAGGCAAACUGCAGGACGAAGGCGUCGCCCUUGGACAGUUGCGGGUACUCGAUGAGCGUUCUGCGGUCGGGGUGCCAGUACGAGCGGACUUAGAGCAGCGCCGAGGCGAACUCGUAGCUCGCGUGUACGAGCUGAGAAUGGGCUACACGGUCGUCCUUCACGCCAGGGUCCUCUUCCUCGAGUGGCUGCUUGCGCGUGGCUUGUUGGUUGAGUAUGCCUACCAGGGUCUCGAGGAGUACGCCGAGGGGUCCGCAGGAGGCUUGUCCAUGUACUGGCCCAAAGCUGCGCGACAGAAAUGUUCAGAAGGCGCGAUGGUCCGGGCAGACUGGCUCCUUGAUCGCUUCUCGAACGAACGAUGCGCUCCCAACGGCCUCGGUUCUCCUCGCCUUGCCUUCCUUCAUUGCGCAGAUCCCUCCCUCUUUACCUCAAUCGACCCCCCUCCUAUCGACAUGAUUCCCCCGCGCAACGCUCUGGCUCGUAUCGUCGGUCUCGCCUCACCCGCCCCUUCAGAAUCGCCGCCCGCCUACACGCCUGAUUGCGACCACGAGGACCAGCACGAACCCGGCUCGUCCUUCUCCAUGAUGCGCCCGUCCGACUCUGAUCAUGGCGACCCCACUGAAGUCAGCGUUAAACACGGACGACCAGCCUCAUGA